AUGCUAAAAAGCUCAGUGACACUAUUUAUCGCUGCAUUUAUCUCUGUUUCUUCAGUCUAAUCUUUGUAAUACGCUAAAAACGGAGGUUGUACUGGCUAUGACUAGCCUCCAGGUGAUAAAAUGUACUAUGACCACUUUAAUGUUAUCAAGCCUUACUAAGACAAAGAGUAAGUUUACUUCGACUAGAAGUACAGAGACUUAAUGAGUCUUAGAGUUGAUUAAUAUGUUAACAUGACUCUUAUUAACGCUCCUCCAGAUUUCAAAUGUGAUUUAGGUGAUGAUACUCCUUGCAAUUGGGUAUUCACUGGCUCUUCCAGCAGAGCAUUAACUUUUUGGAAACUUUAUCAAAAUACCAAGAAAACAAAUCCAGCUAAAUCUAAGUAUUAUCUAGAUUUAGCAAGACAAUAUAUUGAGGGAUCCUUAAAAGACAUAUCCGAUAAGUAUGAUGAUUUUAUUUCUUUCAUUAAUGGAAAUCCAGGAGUAUAUGCUAUUGCUAGUGUAAUUUACGAUUCACUAGGAGAUUCAACUAAAGCGCAAUAAUUUAUAGAUAAAGUAGAUGUCGUGUUCUCUAAGCCAAUGACUAAUAAAAUUGAUUAUGAUGAUGGUAUCCCAGGUUAUUUCUAUACUUUAGACUUCCUCGAAACUUACUAUGACAGACCAUUAUUCAGCAGAGAUAAUGUGAUGAGAUAUGCCAGUCAUUUAUUUGACUAUGGAUAUAAUCACAAACUUGAAAAUGGUACACUUAUUUUUCCAGAGCCAUUCCCAGAUACUAGAACAAGCCUUGGAUUUGGAAGAGGAGCAGCUGGCAUGCUUUUUAGGCUAAUGCAAGUACCAGAGGUACUCCAAAAUGAGACGAUGGUAAAGCAUAUAAAGCUAACAAUUGACUAUAUGAUUGCAAGAUAAAGACCUGAUGGACAGGUAGCAGACAUUCAGCCUGGUAUGGAGGAGAGAGUUCAGUGGUGCCAUGGUGCUCCGUCAGCAACUCCUGUUUUCGCUCUUGCUUAUAAAAUUUUUGGAGAUCAAAAAUAUCUUCUUGCUGCAGACUUAGCAGCUAAUUACACCUUUAAUUAUGGAGUUUUGCUCAAAGGAAUGGGGCUAUGUCAUGGUACCUCCUCAAAUAUUUAUAUGAUUCUGUAUCUUUACUCGAUUACCAAAGAUCCCAAGUACAAGUAUUUUGCUAUUGAGAUGCAUAAAUUUGCUCUUGAUACCCCUACACUUACCGAUCCAGAGAAGAUGAUGUCAUGGGAUUGCGUAGGAUAAUACUCUAGCUUUAUCGACACAGCUGCCUCAGCAAUUGCUACCUAUUCAGACAUGUUGACCUAUAUUGAUGGACAAGAGGAGAAUAUGUGGAUGAUUGGUUGGGGAAAAAUUUCUCAUAAAACUGAAAAUCAGCAUGCUCACACAUUCCUUGAAUGA